AUGGAUGACAUUGAAGUUCCUCAAUAUUUCAUCUGCCCCAUAUCCCUACAAAUCAUGAAAGACCCUGUGACUGCCAUAACAGGCAUCACAUACGACCGGGAAAGCAUUGAACACUGGCUACUCACAAGCAAGAACGCAACCUGUCCAGUCACCAACCAACCAUUGCCAAAAGACUCAGACUUAACCCCUAAUCACACAUUACGCCGCCUAAUCCAAGCUUGGUGCAUCCUAAACUCCUCAAAAGGUAUUGAUCGAAUUCCCACUCCUAAACCACCUCUCGACAAGUUUCAAGUCCUCAAACUCAUCAAACACCUUCGGCAGCCUGAGUUUCAGCUUAAAACUAUUAGGCAAUUGGCGUUACUAGCAGCUGAAAAUGAAAGGAAUAGGAAGUAUAUGAUAGAAGCAGGUUUGCCAAAAGAGAUGAUGUUGUUUAUUGUAACAUGUUUCAAACAAGGCCAAAUUGAUGGUCUAGAAGAAGCUAUUGGUGUGCUUAACUUUAUUCUAAUCCCUUCAGCUGAAACAAAGCAAAUUCUUGCCGAAAAUGAUCAUAUUAUUGAAUCAUUGACAUGGGUUUUAUGUUGUGAAAUGGAAAAUCAUCUUACUGUGAAAUCUCAUACGAUGUUAGUGUUGAAGAAAAUCAUUGAAGCUACAAGCUCGAGUGUACUAGAAAGACUGAAACCUGAAUUCUUUAAUAGGAUCGUAAGAGUCUUAAGAAGUGGGAUUACUCAACAAGGAAUUCACGCCACUUUGCACGUGUUGUUAGAGGCUUGUCCAUGGGGUAGAAAUCGAAUCAUGAUGGUUGAAACAAACACAGUUUAUGAGCUCAUUGAGCUUGAAUUGGGUUUUCCUGAAAGGCGGACCACAGAGCUGAUUUUAGGUAUACUAUUUCAUUUAUGUUCUUGUCCUGAUGGGAGAGCUCAGUUUUUAAGUCAUAGAGGAAGCAUUGCAGUGGUCUCUAAGAGGAUCUUGAGGGUUUCACCAGCAGUAGAUGAUCAAGCAGUUUCGAUUCUUUCAAUGAUAUGUAAGUUUUCCGGGACAUAUAUGGUGCUUCAAGAAAUGUUGAAGGUAGGGGCUGUGUCAAAGCUUUGCUCAUUACUCCGAGUUGACUGUGCUACAUCUUUGAAAGACCAUGUAAGGAAGAUCCUCAGGUCACAUUUUCAGAAGUGGAGGGACUCUCCUUGCAUUGCUGGAUCUCAAGGUAUCAAUCCUAGUUAA